AAAGACAACUGGUAUCAGUGGAAUAAACAAUAAAUAUAAAUAUAUUUAAUUAAAAACAGUUCCAGUAGCAUUCCACUGCCACUUGUUGUGAUGGUGAACUGAGCCGAGGAGGAAUCAAAACACCAUCAGCCAUGUUUUCCUCAAAACAGCAAAAGGCUCGUUCCCAUGACCUGAGUCCUUCAGAGAGGUUUGUCACCACCUACGCUCAUGACUUUAAACCCGUCAGUGAGCGCGGCCCACAGCUGAACCGCAAGACUCCAGCCAAGCCUGCUCCGGCGUUAAUCAGCCUGCCGCAGAAUAACCAUGAAACUUGGCCCGUGUUCUUUCACCACUUCUACAACACGACCAACGGCACCUACGGCUCAGCUCUGGGCGCACAGCCUCUCUCUUGUUCCCUCUCUGGGGGUUUUGGCUCCACCGCGACGGAGGCCAGGACUCAGGAACCGAGGGUUGCCAGGGAGACUGGGAUUUCACUCAACAAGGAGGAUAAAGCGAACGCGUGGAAGGCAAAAAAUGAGCCACAGUGGAAGACUAAUGUCCUCUACCAGGAAGGUGUGGUUAUGGUGGCGACGCCCUGCUGCGAGGAUUUCAUUAGAAAUCUGUGCAGAGAAACCGGACUGCGUGGCCCAGUCAACCUUCCCGUGGCCUCGAGGCCCGUCGCCACUAACAAAGAUGAAAACUGGGAGACCGGUGCCUUCUUGUGGGGCUUGAGCCCAGCUAUCGGAUUAAAUGGCAGCAGCUUCCUCCAUCCUAGCCCCUGGCAGUGCAGUUGCUGCGCGUGGGGACCUCAGCAGUCUGGUGUGUGUUGCUUUGAGACGCAAAACGUCCCUGCUCAGGUCUCCGCGAGCGGCGCCGAGCCCGCGGGCCGAGCUCAGCCCCACGGCUCCCACACAGAGUCCGGCAGGAUGCCGCUGACCGAGUACCAGGCCAGCUACGGCGCCGAGUGGGCCAAGCCUAAGGUUGAGCAGAGUGACUCUCAGCGUUGUCUCCCUCGUCAUUGUCGCAGGAAUCCUCGUUCGUCCGUGUGAACCUCAGCGUUUACCUCAAUACACAGCAGAUAAAAAAACACACACACGUGUGGUUUGUCUUUUGUGUCGUGAAGUCAAAGAGUUUAAAGCGCUGCGUCAACUCCAAAAAAAAAUAAAAAAUCCUUCGCUGCA